CAGCAAGUUGCAUCAUACGUCAUCAUGAUAUUCUCCUGUCGUGGAUGAGAUAACUGAUAAGCACCCGAUUCAAUCCAACAGACCCAAACACCAAAAAAAACAGAAUUGGCAUGUCACACACUCCUCCCGCAACGCCCUUGAACACGCAAUCGACCGACCAAAGCCCCCAACAGCCUUCGACCACGACCUCCGAUAUGACCGCGUUGCUGGCUGAACGUUUGUCAACUGAGCUGGGGAAAUUAUGCGCCGCCUUAGCCUCCCUCUCUACUUCGCCAGUGGAGGAUUCGAACUCGCAGCCGCAUUUCGACGCACUUCAUUCACAUCCUGACAGCCAAACAGGCGAAAUUUUGACAUCUGUAAGGCAGCAGACUAGUUUACCUGAGGUGGAUUGGAGCAUGCUUACUGGUCCCUUGCCAACAGAGUCGGGAGGACCAUUCAUCCGGCUGGUGACACACGGACACGGUACACUAGUCCAUUUGGGCCAACUGGUUGGCAUUUUAGAUGAUCACUCUGCCUUUCUGCUCCAACGUGUUGUCAGCUUCGAUCCAACUAGAGUGCAGUUACACAUGUUGGCUAACCUGAAACCGGCUGAUAUUUUACUACUGACUGAGUCCAAACUCCAGCAACGCCGGCACAAGAGAGAACGGGCGUUAAAGGGUAGAGAUGGCAACCUGCUCUCAUCUCUCAUCACUACAGCCCAAGGUUUGGAAUCGGAGCGACACUCUGCAAAAUCAAGUGUACCCUCUGGUGAAGCCUACAACAACAACUGUCCAACCAUGCGACAUGGCCCUGUGCUUACAACACCUGGCCUGGUUCUGAUACGUGCAGACCAGGUGCGCGAGCUGGGCAUCAUUUCGGAAAACGGUGCAGCUGGCACUCCGUGGAUGCCAGAUCUGGUAGAUUUGGACUUGAGUGGAAGCGGUGAGGUGCCAAGCCAGUCAACAGACGAGCAAACGUCUGUAACCGAUGGACAACCGGCCACUCAGCAAGAGGCCCGUGGUUGCCAGGAUGAAGCACAAACAACAGACGCCUCUUGCAUCGUGUCUGGCCUCAACGAACGCCAGAUCAAUGCAACUUCCACUGUAGUGAAGAAAUCAAUGCACGGGAACGUGAAUGACGAUGAACCGGAAAGAUUGAGGAUCGAUUCACAUCAAUCUGACACACGGUCAACUGGUACGGUGCAUCGUGAUAGGCAGCGAGGUGCAGAAAGCGGACGAGUCAAUCAACGGCGGAACUGCGGCGCAUGUGGUGGAUCUCACAGGGACAACCGAAGAAACAGAAUGUUGCACUUCAACCGGGUGAUGACCCUGGAACCUUCGAGAGCUGGUGUAUGGAAUGAAGGAAACCGAUCCAGGUAUGCAGACGGUAAACAACGGAACAAGCUGUCAAUGCAGCCUCGCUUGAUUGCCUAUGACGCUGGAAUUGCUUUCGUGAACACUUUCAAUCGCAGAGCUGUGGCAGCCAAUCAUCAAUUCUGCUGCUGUGAUUGCAGGAGGACGAACCAACAGCUGCAGUGGAGAAGGACGUGUUGCUCUAGACCCAGAGGAAGAAACCGGGGACGAUUUAGUCCCAGACAGCAGCAAACCAAAUCACAAAGUCUACCUUUAGCUCUUCAAGCAAACUGCAGCUAACCGUUGACAACUUUAGUGAUGUCCAGCCAAUAAGACUUUUUUGCUAUUUGCACCAUUGAUAUUUGAAAGUAAUAUAAAUUAUUUCGAGAUCAGAAAAUGCAACCACAUACAUGCUCACAGAAUUCUAGCUAUUAUUCAUGCCAAGCACUAAACAGUGCUAAUGUACA